CCCACUGGAGACACUCAUUAGUGUCGGGACUCCAGGAAUCAGCCCUCCUUCUGGUCCGAGGGACAUUGGGUGGUGGCAUUUCUCCAGCUGCUCCCCAGGAAGAGGAGGAAGCCCCUGAGACCUAUAGACCUAGCUCUUCUCUCUGUGGUCACCCAGUGCAGCCUGCCCCAGGGCCGACAAGUCAGGGGGCAGCAAAUUUUUAACUAGACACAUUGAUCAUUAACGGGGGUAGAAAGGAAUCCAAACUCAGCCUCUUGAGGGCAGAGCCUAGCUGGGCCUCAGGCCUCCCAUGGCAAUGCUGGGCCCCCGAGUCUGGUUCUCUGUGAGGCAGGGCCUGAGCAGGGGCUUGUCUAGGAAUGUGGGGGGCUGGGCCUCAGGAGAGGGGAGGAAGGUAGACAUUGCUGGCAUCUACCCCGCUGUGACCACCCCCUUCACUGCCACAGCAGAGGUGGACUAUGGGAAACUGGAAGAGAAUCUGCACAAACUGGGCAAUAUCCCCUUCCGCGGCUUUUUGGUCCAGGGCUCCAAUGGUGAGUUCCCCUUCCUGAGCAGCAGUGAGCGCCUGGAGGUGGUGAGCCGUGCGCGUCAGGCCAUACCCAAGGACAAGCUCCUGCUAGCUGGUGCCGGCUGCGAGUCUACUCAAGCCACAGUGGAGAUGACCGUGAGCAUGGCCCAGGUGGGGGCUGAUGCUGCCCUGGUGGUGACCCCUUCCUACUAUCGUGGCCAAAUGAGCAGUGCUGCCCUCAUCCACCACUACACCAAGGUCGCCGACCUCUCUCCAAUUCCUGUGGUGCUGUACAGUGUCCCAGCCAACACGGGGCUGGACCUGCCUGUAGACACAGCGGUCAUUCUUUCCCAGCACCCGAAUAUCGUCGGCAUCAAGGACAGUGGUGGUGAUGUGACCAGAAUCGGGCUGAUGGUUCACAAGACCAGGAGGCAGGAUUUCCAGGUGUUGGCUGGAUCGGCUGGCUUCCUGCUAGCCAGCUACGCCGUGGGAGCUGUGGGGGGCGUGUGUGCCCUGGCCAAUGUCCUGGGGGCUCAGGUGUGCCAGCUGGAGCGACUCUGCCUCACAGGGCAAUGGGAAGAAGCCCAGAAGCUACAGCUCCGCCUCAUUGAGCCAAACACUGCGGAAUAUGCAUUGAGACAGACAGCCACAGUCAUUGUGACAUAAGUCAUCCUGGGACCUUACUUAGAGAUGCACUGCCUAGACAGAGGGACCAUGGACUUUUAGACCAGCUUUUUGAGUGGCCAGAUCCUGAAAAACAGAAUGAUUGAGAAGAAAGAAGUUGGAAAGCUGGAGGUAUUCAGAGCCCAGAUUUCCCAGGAGACUUCUGUCUUCAAAUAAUCUAUUCUGCAGUCAGACCAGGUACCUCAAUUCUGCGUUGGGCAAGUUAUGGAGAAGAGUCAGGAUGGAAUGCCUUUAAGUGCUAAGCAAUGCUGUGCAGAGCCAUAUUGGCGUUUGAGGCAGAAAGAAAAAGGUGUGUCCCUAUAUUUGUAGACACCUUUUUAUGUAUAUUUUAAAUUAAACAUUUAAUUUUGAGAUCAUUGUAGAGUCACAUGAAAUUGUAAGAAAUAAUACAGAGAGAUCCCAUGUACCCAUUAUCCAAUUUCCCCCAGCGGUAACAAUACCACAACCAGGAUUUUGACUUUGAUAUAGUCAAGAUAUAAAAUAUUUCCAUCACCACAAAGAUCCCUCAUGUUACACUUUUAUAGCCACACGUACUUGCCUCCUGCCCCCACCCCCUCUUUAACCUAUGGCAACCACAAAUAAGUUUGUCAUUUUUAUAAUUUUGUCAGUUCAAGACUGUUAUAUAAAUGAAAUCAUAUAGUCUAUAACCUUUUGAGAUUGGCUUUUCUCACUCAGCAUAAUUUUAUGGAGAUUCAUCCGGGUGUUGUGUGUAUCAAUAGUUGGUUCCUUGUGAGUAGUAAUUGAGUAGUAUUUCACGAUACAGUUAUACCACAGUUUAUUUAACCAUUCACCUCUUAAAGGACAGAUGGUUGUUUCCAGUUUUGACUAUUAAAAGCUGCUACGAACAUGCAUGUACAUGUUUUUGUGUGACCGUAAGUCUUCAUUUUUCUGAUAUAAAUAAAUACAUAAUUGCUGGGUCAUAUGAUGGUCAC